AUGGUAGCUUUGAACAUAUUCAGGCAACACAUACAAGAAGAAGAAUUAAUCGACUCAGAGAGGAAACAACCUGGUGGCGUAUCAUGCAACCCAAGUUUGGGCGACACUCCUCACAUAGAUGAUAUUAGAAGAGUAGUUAAAGAAAAUAUGUUCAAAGAGCACUACCGCAUUACCUUGUCUACUUUCAAGACACUAUUUAUUCUUGCCAUGAGCUCAAUUGUAAUUGACAAUGUCAUUACCUGGCCAAACACAAUUAAACGAACCCUAGAGAUUACAGCAGGAUUUGAACAACCAACAAAAAGUGGCAAACAAAGAUUAAAAGAAGUAAUUGGUGCCAUAGAUGGAAAGCUUAUUUCCAUCAAAAAACCAACUACUGCCAACUAUGGUGACAGUUAUGCAGAUUGCAAAGAAAAUAUCAGCAUAAAUUUGACAGCCGUUAGUAAUUAUAAAAAAAGAUUUAUUCACAUUGCUACUGAUACACCUGGCAGUCUUCAUGAUGCUCAUAUGUUAAAGUUAGAUUUGAUGUAUCUACUAUUACCCCAACUUUUGAUACUGUUCAUUGCUGCCCAUGGAUGUAGAUCUGAAAACCAAGAAAUUGUUCCACUUACUAUGGAACAGAAACUAUAUAAUGCAGUACAGUCCAGAACUCAACAAAAGAUUGAAAACACAAUCUUACUCUUGGUGCUAAGAUGGAAAUUUCUAUACAAGCAUCUUUACUUGAAGAAUGUUGGAAGACUGACUUGA